AUUUUUCCUGCUCUGAAUUUUAACCCUAUUAUGGAUGCCCAGUUGCUAGGAGGAGCCUUACAGGGAAUUAGUUGUGAAAAAGAUGUGUUGAUUGAUAUCCUAACACAGCGUUGCAAUUCACAGCGGCUCAUGAUUGCUGAGGCAUACAGAGAAAUGUACGGCAGGGACCUGAUAAUAGACUUAAAAGAGAAUCUGUCUCAUCACUUCAGAGAAGUAAUGGUUGGCUUGAUGUAUCCACCUGCCUCCUAUGAUGCCCAUGAGCUCUGGCAUGCCUUGAAGGGAGUAGACACAGAAGAAAAUUGUCUAAUUGACAUAUUAUCCUCAAGAACAAACACGGAGAUCCUCCAAAUGAAAGAAGCCUACUUAAUGCAAUAUAAUAAUGAUCUUCAACAAGAUAUCGAUUCUGAGACUUCAGGUCACUUCAGGGAUAUGCUUAUGAACCUUGCUCAGGGAACAAGGAUGGAAGGAUAUGCAGAUCCUUCUACAGCUGCUCAGGAUGCAAUGAUUCUAUGGGAAGCAUGUCAGCAGAAAGCAGGCGAACACAAAAACAUGCUGCAAAUGAUUCUCUGCAACAAGAGUUACCAGCAUCUGUGGAUGGUUUUCCAGGAGUUCCAAAAUAUCUUUGGACAAGACAUAGUAGAUGCCAUUAAUGAAUGCUAUGAUGGAUACUUCCAAAAAUUACUGGUUGCAAUAGUUCUCUGUGUUCGUGACAAGCCUUCCUACUUCGCUUACAGGCUUUAUAAUGCAAUUCAUGACUUUGGGUUUCACAAUAAAACUGUUAUAAGGAUUCUCAUUGCCAGGAGUGAGAUUGACUUGAUGAAUAUACGACAGCGAUACAAAGAGACAUAUGGGAAAUCACUCUUUCAUGACAUCAAACAUUUUGCUUCAGGGCAUUAUGAGAGUGCUUUACUUGCUAUCUGUGCUGGUGAUGCAGAAGAUUAUUGA